AUCAUGGAACAGUUCAAUCCCAGCCUCAGGAACUUCAUUUCCAUGGGGAAGAACUAUGAAAAAGCCUUGGCAAGCGUAACGUAUGCUGCAAAAGGAUAUUUUGAUGCUCUGGUUAAAAUGGGGGAGUUGGCCAGUGAAAGCCAAGGAUCUAAAGAACUGGGGGAUGUUCUCUUCCAGAUGGCAGAAGUUCACAGGCAGAUUCAAAAUCAGUUGGAAGAGAUGCUGAAGUCUUUUCACAACGAGCUACUGACGCAACUGGAGCAGAAAGUAGAACUGGAUUCCAGGUAUCUAAGUGCUGCGUUGAAGAAAUACCAGACUGAGCAAAGGAGCAAAGGGGACGCGCUAGAGAAGUGCCAGGCAGAGCUGAAAAAACUUCGGAAGAAGAGCCAAGGGAGCAAAAACCCUCAGAAGUACUCGGACAAGGAGCUGCAGUACAUCGAUGCUAUCGGCAACAAACAAGGUGAGCUAGAAAACCACGUCUCUGAUGGCUAUAAGACAGCGCUCACAGAGGAGAGGAGACGGUUCUGCUUCCUGGUAGAGAAGCAGUGUGCUGUGGCUAAGAACACCAUCUCCUACCACGCCAAGGGGAAAGAGAUCUUGACACAGAAGCUCCCGAUUUGGCAGCAGUCUUGCUCGGACCCCAACAAGAUCCCAGACCGAGCUAUCCAACUGAUGCAGCAGAUGGCCGUCAGCAGCAACGGCACAAUCAUCCCCAGCUCCCUGUCUACGUCCAAAUCGAACCUAAUCAUCUCAGACCCUAUCCCCGGGGCCAAACCGCUCCCUGUCCCACCAGAGUUGGCGCCCUUCGUGGGGCGCAUGUCGGCACAAGAGACCAUUCCCGUGAUGAAUGGCGUCUCGGGCCCUGAGGUCGAGGACUACAGCCGCUGGCCCGAGAUGAAGCCAGCCCAGCCAAAAUCCCUAACUCCUCCCCAGCAUCAGAAGCAACUGAGUGACUCGUACUCCAACACACUUCCUGUGCGCAAGAGCGUCGCACCGAAAAACAGUUACGCAACCACUGAAAACAAGACCUUGCCACGCUCCAGUUCCAUGGCUGCCGGGCUUGAGAGGAACGGCAGGACGAGAGUACAGGCCAUUUUCUCUCAUGCUGCUGGUGAUAACACCACCCUCCUGAGCUUCAAGGAAGGAGACCUCAUCACGCUCCUGGUGCCGGAGGCCCGAGAUGGAUGGCACUACGGGGAGAGUGAGAAAACAAAAAUGAGAGGCUGGUUCCCUUUCUCCUACACGCGGGUUCUUGACAGCGAUGGAAGCGACAGGUUGCAUAUGAGCUUGCAACCAGGGAAAAGCAGUAGCACGGGCAACUUGCUGGAUAAGGACGACAUCGCCAUCCCGCCGCCAGACUACGGCGUGUCCUCAUCCCGGGUCUUCCCACCACAACCUGUCAGCACUUUCAAACAGAGACCGUACAGCGUGGCAGUGCCUGCCUUCUCCCAGGGCCUUGAGGACUAUGGGACGAGAGCUGGAAGCAGGAAUCCUUUUGCCAACAUCCAGCUGAAACCAACAGUGACCAACGACAGGUCAGCUCCUUUCAUCAGCUGAUCCCUGGGAUUGCUGGAGCCAGCAAGCACCUCCCGCCUGCAUUGCUGUAUCUGACCCACUGUAGCCGCCUUGUCUGCAAGUCUCUCUCUUUCCAGAACUUUAUGUUUAGGCUUCGUUUGUUUAAACCUGCUACUGCUGCUUGGAAGCCAAGGGCUGAAGCCGGUGUUUUGAUGGUCUCUCCUCUAAAGCCCGUGUACCCAGCGCAGUGAUCGAGGGUGAGGGGGUUAAACUCUGUUACCAUUCGUUCACUCUGGUCAGGGCAGCUGUGGAAGUAAAACCGCAGUCACGGCCCUGGGUUCCCAGCCUGUACCUUCCAGCCCUGUUCAGCUCUCCCAGGGCAGAAAGAUCAGCAGUAGCCGGGGGAACAUGCUGACCCCACAGCAUGCUGCUGUUUUAAGAGUGGGAAAGCAGCAGCCCCCAGUGUAUCCCCAGCCUCUCGCUCCUGUCUCCUACCCCGAGCAAGAUCCAGGCCAGGGAGGUGUAACCCUCACCCCAGCCCUCUCAAAGGAUGGCAGCAGGGCACCUGGGACCAAGGCUCCCACCCUGGGCCCACGGACUCAUGGGUAGUGCACUACCCAUAGUGGUGUGGAUGGGGCGGGUCAGGCCUACCCCGCUUGUGCUAGCAGGAGCCCUAUUAACACCCCUCUGUGGAGCUGGGCUGACUUGCAGAACCCCCUCUGCUGCUGUUUAGAGCUGCCGAGGGCAGCGAGUGGCCAAGCCUUGGCCCCUUCCCUUCUUCGAGCCUGCAGCAAUUCUUGGCCAGUGGAACAGCAGAGCUGUGCAAAGCGCCUCUGUCCUCCCCCAAACUGCUGCUCAGGGCUGGCUAGCACGGCUCGUGCAGACAACUAGCGCUCCCAGGCAGGCCUGCUGAACGUCAGUUCAACAGUUGCUAAUGUUUUUACAGCCCACCCCCGUGGGGCAGCGUCUAUAUUUUAUUGAGCUCGGUGAGGUAUUAUUCAAGCUAGAACAAUAGGCUUUUAGAUGCAACACCCACUGUGCGGAGGCAACCGGUAAUACUCACCCUCUUACCUGUAAGCAUGUGUAGUGAAACCAGAGGGAAGAGGAAACAGAGGUGUAGGAGGGUGCACCAUGCCCCGCUAACACUGUCCUAACCCCCUGUCUCUUGCCAGAGACCUGCAAGACCCAAGCUGCAGCUGCAGACAGCUUUCUGUGCUGAAGGGGAGAGUGUCUGUGACUUGAAAGGGGCUGGGCUGGAAACAUUCCCAGUCCCCGAGCCCCCUCCCAUGCUAGUAGCCACUUCCCCAUGUGUCACUAGUGUCUGCCUUGCACGCCCCUGCGAGAUGAAGCCUUACAGCUCCGUGAGUGACUGGCUGAGAACUUGGGAUGGGAACCAGGCCCUGGAAGCUCUGGUUAGCAGCCGCCCACACCCCAGGCUGCUGGCGCGAGUGCUCGGUGUAUGAGCUGGUGUCACUCUCUUUAGUGAGAAACCUCUGCCUAGCUGAGCUCACCCUUGUUUGUUACAAAGAUCUCUGGUACCACCUCUCUGCCCUCCUCUCCGCGUGAGGCCAUCUCAACUUCACCCCACCUGCCCCAGAGCUUGCACCAAGGCGUCUGCAGGCCUCGUGUCCUUACUAAAGCAUGAGGGAAGAGAGAGGGGAAAACAAGCGCUACACCCUGUGUGAACAGGCCCUGCAGCCGGGCUGGGUCCUUCCCUGCCUUGCUCCAGUAUGGGCCAGAUCAGAAAUCAGACAGUGCCCGGAGAAGGGGUGGCCGUCUUCAUAGUUUGUCUGUUUGCACUUUUUUUUUUUAAGGCUACAUCGCAGAGCACUAGAGCUGCCUGUGUUACUGCACGCUAGGGUUAGCUCCUAAUAAGCUUAUGCCGAGUAGCAAACGAAACCAAAUGCAGAGUCCAGUGUUUGUAUUUUUAUAUAAAGGAAAGUAUAUUUGACCCCUCUAAUCAGUGGCUGCUUGCUGCAGCCGCUCUGCACGGGCACGGCCCCCCCCAGCCCCGGCAGGGGCAGCUCCUGAGCCACGCAGUGGGCACCACGCGGCAGGUACCUCAUGGGCUGCCUUGCACUGCUGGGUGUGACGCUGGAGGGCCCUGCCCCCUGGGGUUAAAUCUGUCCAACGGUGUUGUCUCAAACUCUAAUCUGCUCUUCCUGCGCACUGCAACUUCCCCUGCUUUUCAGCAGUCAGUGAGGGCUCGGGCGGGCUCCUCUCACUGAGGUGACGCAAGUCCAUAACUCCCUGGUGCCCGAGGGCUGCCGUUAAACCGGCCUAACCCCUCCUGGUGGUGGCGCUAGGGAGCAGCCUCAGCGAAGCGCUACAGCUGCCCCCCUGCGGCAGUUUGAGUGUACACAAGCCCUGAGCCUGUGCUGCUCUGAACUAGGCCCCCGUGCAGUGCCAAGCGCUAACGAAACACCCUGGAGACUACAAGGGUCAGCACAAGUGAACGGCCCCUGUUUUCUACUGUACUAGUUCUCUCUGGGCCUGCACUCAGCCCUUACGUGGGCAUUUUCCUGCUCCGUGAGUGAAGUUCUGCCGGGCUGCAGCCCUGCUGAUGCAGUAAUUGGUUCAUGUGGAGGCAGGGCCAGCUAAAAGCAUAAGAAAUAUUGGCCCAGGUUUAGGGCUGCAAGUGCUAGAGUCCUAGGAGGAGCCCAGUGCCUGACUGCAAAGACGUUUUCUUGUCUGUGAGCGCUGAAAAUGUAAACGAUGGUGCUGCUGCUUGCCUGAGUGUGCAGCCAGCCUGAAACAAUAGCUGCCGGAGAUGUGAACUGCCCACUCCAGCUUAACUCUGCCACCCCCUGGGGACAGCCAAAGAGGCUCCAGCUGUGGUGUGCCUGAGGCCCCAUCUUGCCUUAAUUCCUCCCUGUGUGGACCAAAGACAGAACCGCUGCGCAAAUGGACCCUGAGUGAACUCAAACCUGGCCUCCCACAAAUCAUGGGACCAAAGGGCUCCUCUGGGACCAGCUCCAGCCUAACAUCUCUGGGCGUGGGUCUCUUGUCCUGGAGCUUUCCAUACGGUGCCCACCAUCACGCUGUGCCUUCCUGUGGUGUGAGCGAGAGGGUUUGUGCACAACAGCUGGCACUGCAGUCACUGGCCCACAGCGCGGGGAAGGAGGGAGCCUAGCAGAAUAGUGAUGUCGUUACCAUAGCGACUGCCUUGGGUGGGAGGCUAGGGAGAGAGCAGGCCUGGUCCCUGCUCCCCUCCCACGGGUGCACUGGAUCCUGUGCACAUGGGUGAACCCACGUGCCAGGGAGGCCUGAGGGCUGCUCCCAAGGGUUGUACAUCACUGCACUGCCUGGCCUACUCCCAGCACUGUUCAAACCCUCCCAGAAAGGCUGCCUUGCCUAGAGGAGCCUGCUUAGCCGGAGCGCUUUCAACUUGGGCAGCCAAGCUUUGCUUCCCACCUAGCACGGCCCGGUAAGGUGCUGGGCCUCUGCUCUGGCUGCUUCCCUGCGCUUUCUAGUCGGGCUAGCGGAUGCACCAUGUACCCUGAAAUUACUCUUUUUGGAACAGUAAUUUAUGAGCAAUAAAACCCACAAAUCCUU